AUGGGAGGAUUUAUACAAAGGAAAAGGUGCCGUGGCCAAGAUAUUGAGAUAUUCGCGGUCUCAUUGGCAGAUAUACAGAAGGCACAGGCCCCAAAGAGACAUAUUGACCCCCGUACAAAGCUACCAAGGCAAUACUGGAAAUACCUAAGGCUCUUCGAACAAGACAAAGCAGAAGAACUACCACCGCACCGGGGAGAUGGGAUUGAUCACAAAAUCGAGCUCGUACAGGAGGAGAGUGGGAAGGAUCCUGAAGUCCCCUGUCGACCCCUGAACUCUCUAGUAACGGACGCCAAAAGGCUUUAUCCGCGUGACCAUUCCCCAGCUGCAGCCCCAGUACUCUUUGUACGAAAACCAGGAGGAGGACUGCGGUUCUGCGUCGACUACCGUGCUCUAAAUGCCAUUACCAAGAAGGACCGCUAUCCAUUGCCCCUGAUCCAUGAGACACUGAACCAAAUUGGACAAGCCAGAUGGUUUACUAAGCUGGAUGUGUCUGCUGCCUUCCAUAAGAUCCGCAUAGCCAAAGGCCAGGAAUGGAUGACUGCCUUCCGUACGAGAUACGGGCUCUUUGAAUGGCUAGUCACCCCUUUUGGGUUGGCUAAUGCACCGAGCACCUUCCAAAAAUACAUCAACUGGACCCUCCGGGAAUAUCUAGAUGAAUUCUGCUCAGCCUAUAUCGACGAUGUGCUUGUCUAUACCAAUGGGGACCUCCGCCAGCACCGGAAGCACGUACGAAUGGUCUUGAAGAAACUGGAAGAAGCAGGCCUAUAUUUGGAUAUUAAGAAGUGCGAAUUUGAGUGCAAGGAGACAAAGUACUUGGGCUUUAUAAUACAGGCAGGGAAGGGAAUCAAAAUGGACCCGGAGAAGGUGAAAGCAAUAAAGGAAUGGGAAACCCCUACUACUAUAAAGGGCGUCCGAGGAUUCCUGGGCUUUGCCAACUUCUACCGAAGGUUCAUCCCUAACUUCUCAGGGAUCCAACCUUCAACCCUUCCUACCGUACGGAAUUCUCCAGCUGAAUGCAACUAUGAGAUCUAUGACAAGGAGCUACUCGCAAUUGUACGAUGUCUUGAAGCCUGGGAUGCUGAACUGCGCUCAUGUGGAGAAUUCCAAGUUAUUACAGACCACAAAAACCUGGAGUACUUCUUCUCCCCAAGGAAGCUGACAGAACGACACGUACGAUGGUCCUUAUUUCUCAGCCGGUUCAACUUCAAGCUAGUAUAUAGGAAAGGGUCAGCCAAUCAGAGAGCUGAUGCACUUUCACGGAGAGACCAAGACAUGCCUGAUGAUGAAGAUGACAGGGUCAAGUCUCGUACGAUGCAACUUUUUACAGAAAAACACUUGGGGAAGACGGUAGUUGCCACCCUCCGACCGGCUGAAGAGCAACCAUGGGAGCCGUACGAAAAAAGUGAUAUGUGGAAGGAGGCACUCAAACAGGAUGAAAGAUAUAGUGAAGCAGUACUGUGCCUGAAAGAUGGAGCAAGGAGAUUUCCUCCACACCUACAAUUGAAAGUCGGAAUCUCAGAAUGCCAGCUGGACGCCCAAGACCAUAUCCUCUUCCGUGGGAGGAGGACAUCCUGGCCGAGAGCAAACAUAUUUGCUGGUUAG